GACGUAGUUCCGUGUCGGGUUGGUGGUGGAGGCCACCACUGCCUUUCCAGUCCUAGAGCUUGCUUCACUCAGUAGUGAGACACACGCGGAUAGGAGUGGAGUGGUCGGCCGCACACCAGCUUGCUUACCCACUUGCUUUAUUGUGUCGUGUGAGGCGCAGCGUGGGCAGACAGCAUGGGGCGCGGCGUGGAGAUGACCAGCGGCGGGAAAUGUGUCCGCUUUCUGAUGUUCGCCGUCAACUUCAUCAUAUGGAUAUCCAGCAUAGUCAUAUUGGUAUUGGGCAUUUGGACGGUGGUGGACCGGCCCUACCUAGAGAAUUUGCUGGGUAACGAGAUGUACAUGACGGCUGCCUACAUCCUCAUUGCUACUGGCUGUAUCAUAUUCUUCAUCUCCUUUCUUGGCUGUUUCGGUGCGCUGAAAGAAGUCAAAUGUAUGCUACUGACGUACUUCAUCAUAGUGUUGUUGCUGUUCAUCAUCCUCCUGAUUGGUGGCAUCCUGGGCUACGUAUUCAAGGACAAAGCUAGCACGUCCAUCAAACACACCAUGAUGAGCACCAUGCGGGAUUAUGGUACUAAAAACUUUGAGCAAGUCACCAAGGCCUGGGACGAGACACAGCAGGCAAUGAAGUGCUGUGCUAUCGAAAAUCAGGAUGAAUGGAUGAAUUACAACAAUGCAUUCUCCACGGGGGGUGCCAAAGUCCCCAAGACCUGUUGUAAGAAGGACUCUGAUGGAAAUUUACAGGAAUGCCAGUCAUCACCAAACAGCGAUAACUCCUACACGGAUGGCUGCUACAAGAAGGCUGUGGAGUUUGUGGAGCAGCAUGCAGUCGUCAUAGGAGGAGUAGCCAUUGCAGUGGCAUUGAUAAUGGUCCUUGGCCUUGCUUUGUCGAUCAUCCUCUUCAAGCUGAUCUAGUGACCUUUUCUGUGGUGUGAAGAGGCAACACAACAAAACUUUCCUUUUCCCAGUAAGAAUGGUUGGUUAUGUGGAAAUGAUGUAUUUAAGAUAAUCGUAUCCUAUGUGUCUAUAUAACAAGCCAACAUUUGUGCAAAGGGGCAGCUGAGGCAAAAUGCAUGUGUACACACACACACACACACACACACACAGUGAUUUGGACUUGCUUUCAUGACAUGUGGUACUGGCAAAGAAAAUUCCUUGCAUGAUUCAUUUGGGAAUCUGGUUGUCAUCACCAAGUGGAUAGUCAUGCAGGAGAUAACCAGGGAUAAGAUUGAGGUUCUUUAUAUCUAGAUCUGUGCUUUCAUCAACUGAUGAUUUUGUUGUCUUUUAAGUUUGAUGCCUCCCACUUCUUUAGUGUUAGUUAACACAACCACCUCUCACCACUCUCAGAUAUGCUCUUCUGUUUGUAUUUCUUUUCAUGUUUAUCCUUUGUUAUAGAUUGUUCACUCGCCACCACAUUCACAUCCUCAUCCUCUUGUGUAAUGCCUACUUUACACACGAGUUGACUCCACCUGUUGCCCAGUGUUUUAUGUGUACACACAGAUGCUUUGCCUCAUCUGUCCCCUUUGUGGAGAAUGUUGGCUUGGUAUGUAGAGACAGAAGUUUACAUCCAACCUCAAUUUAUAUUUUGAUAGGUUUGUGUCUGUCCAGUGUAAGGAAAUAAUCAUUUACCAAAUUAUGAUUUAUAAGUGCCUUUGUGAAGUUCCUCACUGCCAUGAACUUCACACUUCAGCAAGACAUGACACAAUCUGCGAGUUACUCUGUGACUCGCAUUCUGGUUUGGUAUGUACGUAGUCUGCAGUCUUUAUUAUUUAUAACAGUGUUCUCCAAGAGGUCAGGUGAUGUGCUGUGUUAGUUCCAGUGAAAACCUCCAUACUCGAUCCUGUAGAUGGCUUUUGAAGUCAGAAGGAUGAAUGCAAUUUCUGGCUAGACCAUGUACCUCUUUAGCUUUUGAAAUGGUUUCCAUAGUAAGGUUUUGACAUUUUGAUGAAGGUGCAUAUGUAUCUCAGAAGCAUGGUUAAGUCUUUAGUCAUUUGUCAUGUGUGUUCAAUCAAUUAUGUGAUUUGUGUGAAACUUUUAGUGCUUAAGGUUGAAUGUUACUGCAAGUAUAGUUUUUUUUUUUUCCACAUACUUUAGUGAACUGCAGUAAGACAUUUCCUCAGCAAGACCUGAACACAUUUGGCAUAUGUGCAUUUUACCAUAAGGGAGUUCUACUUUAAUGAGUUGUAAGGAGUUUAUCUAAUGUGUUUGCUUUUCUUGUAUAUUUGAAAGGCCUAAGCAAGUUGAGUUGGCUUUUCUGUAAUUCUAAUUGUUUAUAAUUUUCGUAGAGCACUUUACUUUUUAGAACUUUACCAUGGUCUUAUGUGGAGAUUUAAAGUUAGAGAAUCCAAAUUCUUUUAAUAUCCAGAAGAUCGAUUGUGUAGUUAUAUUUUCCAUGCUAAUCUUUCCAUUCAGUUCAGGCCAACUCUCUCUAAUCUGAAUUUUUUCUGUUGCCAAAUGUGUUCACUGGUUUUUUUUGUUUUGAUUCUCAGUGAAUUUUGUGAUCAUAUCAGUAUCUUUAGGGUCCUCAUGACAGCAUUGUACCUUGAACAAGGCUGUGAGGAGGCUUGGGGUGAAUGCUGUUGGCUUCUACUGGACUACCCUGGGUUGAAAAAAAAAAAAAUGAUGCUGUAAAUAUAUUUUGCUCCAUUGUUUGAAGUUUGUGGUUACACUCCAUCACUUGGAGAGUAGAGAUUUUUUUGUUGUGUUGGAUUUCCUCUUGUGCAAUUUAUUUUUUUUAUUUUCAUUUAUUUUUUUUUGUUCUCUAUUGUUCACCAGUGACUUUUACACUUGAGCAUAGGGAAUGCUACAUUUCUAGAAUUAUUAGUUUUCAAAUGUGGGGGAUUCCAUAAGGGAAUCACAAUGGAAGGAUGACUUUAUUUGUAUAUUUUUAAACAUUUUUAUUCUGUUCUUUUUAAGGUUCUGUGUACCAGUAAUGUGUGAUGUGGCAACCUGUAUUCAUUCAAAAUAUCUUGGCUCCUUAAAUUUUAUUUUAUUUGGUCAGUAUUUGUAUAUUUAAUGAGUAUAUGGUACUCCUUAGCAAGUUUUUAGAAAUUACUAUGCAGAAAUAUAGGGAAUAGCAACAGACCAUACUGUAGGGCUUAAAUAUUAGUUAUAAUUUACUGUUUCAUUAUCAUUGUGAAGGCAGUUUCCAUGUUAUUUACUCAUUCACAUGUUAGUGGGUUUUAGGGAGCUGUGAAGGAAGCUUUAAAGAAUAGCUUAAUGCAUCUACGUGGCUGUCAAACUCCUGUGGGAACUUAGAGAUAUUUGCUAGAUCACAGUGCCAACAUGUCCUUGAGAGUUCUCACUUGAGAGUUCUUAAUUCUAAAGCAACAUUACAGUUCUUGCUUCAGUGGUAUUUUUACAGAUAAAUCACUAGGAAAGUGAUUUUCGGAGUAAAGCUGGUGAAGUAUGUAAAUUAACAAUUACUAACUCUUCUGCUGGCAAAAAAAGGGAUAAAUCAGAUAUUUGCAGUGUAUUGAACUUAUAAUUUUGUCUAGGUUUUCCUAAAUAUAGAAAAUUGAGGGUGCAAAUUAUGAAAUUUUUGUAUUGCCUAAAAGUCAUGCACUCCAGUAUUUUAAUGAGGCAAUGUUGCCUUUGUGGGUUAAUGUAGGACAAAAAAAAUUUAUAUGAUGUUAAAGUGAUAGCUCUACCUCUAAAAAGUCUCACCCUUGGUGUGGACAGCCACCUGAGCAUUAUCUUGUUUUAAAAAUGUCAAUUUUUGUACUCGACUCUUCCUUCUGACAACUUUUUUAAGUGCAAAGAAAACUGAGAAGCUUAGAAUUUCUCAGUUCUGUACAGUAGUUCUAUACUGUAUGCAGUGAUCUAAAGAGUAAUUUCAUUCAUAGGAAUGGACAUCACAUGGGUAUAAAUUUCUUGUUCUUGUGGGGGAGGGACAAAACUGAGGGAAUAAACAAAGGAUGGUUAGUUAAAAAAUGCACACUUUCCUAGUGCUAAGAGAAUGUUUUAGUGUUUGUGAAGUCUGAAGUUGAUCACCAACACUCAUCUCCGCAUGAGGAAUGUGUAUUUACAUUGUAAAUUUAUUACCAUGUCCAAAGAUUUAUAUAGUGGUAGUCUGUAUUCUAGAUUUAAGAUAUACAAUGACUACUUCAUAAUACCACUCUUAUUCUGUGUGUUUUCUUGUGUGAAAUGUGGAAAUAAAUGUUACAUAAAUA